GUUGUGAGGCCGGAGCAGGAUUGCAAAAUACGUUUAUUUGUGCUCCCACUGCAGAGACACCGGCUCUCAACCCCGAAAGUUGGUUCAACACGGGCACCAACUCUUUGCCCAGCCAGCAUAGAGAGCCAAGAGCUGCGUGUGUGCCUGAGGAUCAUGUCAGAAGCUGUGGCAGGAUUUACAGACACCGGCUCUCGACCCCGAAAGUUGGUUCAACACGGGCACCAACUCUUUGCCCAGCCAUUACAGAGAGCCAAGAGCUGCGUGUGUGGCUGAAGAUCAUGUCAGAAGCUGUGGCAGGAUUUACGUGAGUAACAACAGCUCACGUUGACUAAAGGGAGGAGUGGAAAGUCUUGAGAAAGCUGUAAGAAAAGAGUACAAAGUUGUUGGAAAUGUUGUUCAGGCUUCGUAAGUUUAAGUGGUGUAAAAAAAAAACUUAGCUCAAAGAUCCUUUUCAGAACUUUUAACUGUCUUCAUUCAGCCUCAAAUAUUUUUAAGUUAACCUUGCACUUCCCGACUGUAAAUAGUUCAAUGUUUAACCUGGUAUAAAAUCUGUAAUGUCUUAGUAGCACAAGUCAAGUGACCAGCAGUUUCUCUGGAAAUCAGGUCACUUUUGCUGCAAUUUAAUGACAUAAUAAAACCACUACCUGCAUAACAGUCUCUACAAACACGUGAAAAGUCACUAGGUCAGUCAUCCCUGUGUUUCCAAACUAAAGUUUGUCAGUAUGUCAAAGUGUGUUGUUCAUUCUUUUUUUUUAGACCAUUUGCUCAACUGAAAAACAUCUUUGUUUUGGUCUGGUUACCAAGGACUGCCCUCCAGGGUAGCUAUGCGGGUUUAAUUGCUCCCAAGGUGUGAUGGCCUGUUGACCAUUUCCAACUUUGUUAUUCUACCUUAAUAACCUUUGAAAAACAAAGUGUUCAAUCCCAUGGGCUCUCAUUAGCGUUGACAUCAAACAUUGCAUCAGAGGCAAUCUAAUUUCACAUUUUCUUGCAUUAAAACUUAUCUCAGACUAAUACACAUUCACACUAUUCCCCAAGCUCUAUGUUUCAACAACUGGUGAAUAUACACUAGGGAUUUCAGGCUAGUGAUGGUCAUUAAGGGGGCUGAGGGGACUACUCAAAGUCAUUACAGUAAGUGUGCAUCACUCAUGACCUAAAGUGCAUUGUGAUCUUAAAGAUAAGCAAAACAUUACAUCAUCUGUUUCAUAAUAGUUUGUCUUACUUUUGAUCCCUCCACGUAACUCAGAUUGGUACACGGGUGGACAGAACUUAUUGUUGAAUACUUGUAUGAGGCUGCACCAAUGCCUUAUUAUGAAGUUUAAUAAUAAUAAUAAUCUUUAUUUAUAUAUAAUCUAUUUUCUUGGGAUAAAUAGUUCUUAAUCUCCAUUAGCCUGGUGUAUGAUUAUUAUAACUUCAGAAUAUUUCUAUAAAUCUGAUACAUGCUGAUACAGUGAUAAUGUGUCAUCCUUAACAAUGACCACUGUAGAUUACUUUGAGUCAAUUAUGUACACUGAACAUCCUCUCUCUGCACCAAACAUUUCUCAGUAAGCUUUAAGUUAAGUGAUGGUUAUAUAUUAUACCAGCCUCUGAACACCCUUCAUGAAAGCAAAAUAAUAUGUGGCUGUGUCCAACAAAAAUGUACCGUUUACUUUACCUUUAUUCAUUUUCAAGAGUUCCCUAGCAAACAUAGGCAGCAGCAGAAAAUAACAGUGGCAGACAUAAAAGCAAAUGAAUAAACAUUUAAAAUAAAGCAAUAAAAGGAUUAUUAUAAAGUAUUAAAAGACAUUCAAAACUAUAAAGAGCGAUGUUACUUUUUCUUAGACAUGUGAGAAUACUUUAAAGGUGUUCAAUUAGAUCAGACAAGAUACAUUUUUUCGCAGUUUAGUACUGGUUUGAGCAGAAGGAAUACAUCCUGAGUGAGAAGAACCUUCCUGCACUUUUAUUGUAGGAUUCCAUUCCGUAGGUGAGAAGAAUGUAGUCCACUAACAGGCUUACAGUUUAUUGGUAUAAAUAUGUCAAUAGUUAAGUCUAUACCUGGACAAGGAAGAUCAUGAAACCCAAUUAGGAAAACAGAGAUCAAUCGUUAGCACGGGCUCUGAGCUUUGUUAUAAAUCGUAGUGUUAGAUAUUAUCCAGUGUGUGUUGCUAUUGCGAAUAUGAAUGUAUGUAGCAUGCAGCACGGCUACCAGGCCAUGCUGAAUGCUGCGUAGAAAGUCUGACCUUUCAUCUUCAGUUGAAAUUUCGAACUGGGAACUCAGAUAGUCAAAGUCAAAGUCAACUUUAAUGUCAAUCUUACUCAGUUUGUGUUUACAGACAGAGGGAUCGACGUUUCAAACAAUCCACAAUUAAGUAAAAAAACACAACAAUCAAUAUAUACAAAAUCAUAUAUACAAAAUAACAGUCACUUCAAUAUCAAUAUCUUUGGUGCAAUAUCAAUAUCUUUGGUGCAAGAUUGCACCAAAGAUACUCUUCCCAGUACAACUGGAAUGCAUCAAAGGUCCCAGCAGCCUGGAUACCAGCCCAAGCCCUAAAGCCCAGGCCAAAGUCCCAGCCGCCCAGCUUCAGUUCCAUCAGCUGACUCAGCGCCAUCCCUUGUUCAAGUUCCAACCCUUGACCCCGCUCCAGCUCCAGCCCCUCGUUGGCAAAUCCGGUCGACUCCAACCGCUGAGCCUUAUCUUUAUUUAUGUAGAAAUCAAAGUUUGAAUUGGAAAAGUAACUUGCUUAAGUUAUAUGCUGGUUAUUUUAAACAAAAAGUGAACAACAUUCCAAGUUCCCUCUUAAGAUAAAGGCCUGGAUAGCCGGAAACCAGAUACCUUUGUAACAAUAUCAUAUUUUGUGCGGAUCUAAGAAUGUAAGCAAUUUGUUUUAGAUUAAGGCAUUUGCUACGCUACUGCACAUACAUGUUUAAAUAUGUAUUGUUGUCAGAUAAUUAUCAGAUGAACCAAGUGCUGCCCCUGGCCAAAUUUGGGCCCAACGCAAUUUUUUUUGUCACGAGGCCCCCCUCCCCCCGAUUUGUACAAAAAACUCCCAAUCCCAUACUCAACAUUUAUAAACUGUCAGCAAGUAGUAGUUGGAAAUAUAAUAUCUACUUUAGCGGUAUACCAUACCAGAGAUCUAAUACUGCUGGUGCUUAACAUCCUAGAAAAAUAUUCGAUGAAGUAGCUUUGGGUGGUCAUAUGUUUUUGAGAAGACGUUAAGUUUGUAAGCCUAGUUGAGGCUAUUGAGAUGGCAUCAUUCAAAUGUUAACCUGCACAAUUGCGGCCACUUCAUACAAUUUGUGACUCCACAGACUGUAUGGCACGACUGGAGUUGUGCGUCAGUUGGUGUUUGUCCAAUUUACAGUUUAGAAUAUAUAUUGUUUGAGAAGAUGAACCAUUAACCACUGUUAUCUACAUAAUUGUAAAGUGCCUUUAAAAAGGAAUAAAGAAAAGCCAAAUGCUUUAAAACUUCUGGCAAACAACGUACCGACAGCAUCACAAACUGCAAAUGCAGUUGUAUGAAGGGCCUUGUACAUAACUGCCUGAUUAAUACUUCCCAUGUCUGUAAGGGUCCCCUUUGCUCUUCGAGACGCAAAAUUACGUAUUUCAUCUUGUCCAUGACUGCAUGGACUGUACUAAGUUUCGACUUCGCAAUUUGUUGUUGGUUGCUGGCAUAUGCACCUCUAGCUGGUAAGCCAACGAAGAAGGAAAAAUUAACAAGUAGUUGUUUAAAAAAAGUUUGUGUCAUACGAUUUGCUAAAACGGCCAUUUCCAGUGUUAUUAAAAGCUGUCUCUUUCAAACAGCGCACCGGAGAGUGUGCCCAUUAAAUGCACAUGUGUGGUGGGCCCUGUACACACACUGUAGUAUGACUAGUCUUUAAACUAGUUUUUAAUGUGUUGUCGACUUUGGCCUGAUAUUGCCAUCAAAGUUUGUUCGUGUAUAAAUGCUUAGGUUAAUUUAUCUACUAAGCAAUUUUAUUUUACCAUCUGCAUGCCAUAUCAACAUAGGGUAAUUUGUUUUGCGCAGUUAGUAAAUUCCCCAUAGAGUGAUGACUGCACUGAUGUAAUAACGCAUAGAAAGAUAAACAGUCUCUCAGCUGUUCCUGUGAACGCACACAGACUGCAUGAAGGAUAUUCAGACGUGAUGAAACCUCUUGAUGUUUACAGUCGAUAUAACUGAGACUGUGAUCAUUCUAAUUCAACAAACGUAUGUUUUACUUGUUGAUCUAACUGACUUGUACUCCUCUUGCAUAUUGUAUCGCUCUGUUCUCUUGUUUGGUUCACUGCUUUCCAAAUACCUGAAACUGCCUCAAUUAAUGUCUAACCUUUUACUUUCAGGCCAAAAGGUGUUGCAGCGGCACUAACUGUUGUUAGGAUCCUGCAUUGUCUUUAUUCAUCAAACAAUCUCUUUUACUGUUUAUAGGGGUAAAUGGAAAACGGUACAUAUCCCCCUUAUUCUAACCUCACCAUGUUUGUGAACAUAGGCAUCUACCGGUACCCAGCAUUUGUCCUGUGUCUCCUCUUGUAUGCUGUUAUUAUCUCUGCUAAUCUUGUCAUAAUACUGGAAAUAUCACAAGAGAAAACGUUACAUAAACCCAUGUAUAUUUUAAUUAUGUGUCUUUCUAUUAACUCUCUGUACGGUUCUGCUGGUUUCUUUUUUAGAUUUUUGAGAGACCUUCUGUCUGAUACUCAUUUGAUCCCACGAUCAGCUUGUUUCAUUCAGAUCUAUGUCAUUUACACCUAUGCAUCCUAUGAGCUCACCCUUUUAGCAAUCAUGGCUUAUGACCGGUAUGUUGCUGUUUGUCAACCUUUACACUAUCACAGCAAAAUGACCUCAAAGAUGAUCUCUAAGUUGGUUGCCUUUGCAUGGAUCCUUCCCAUCUUUACUGUUGGAGCUUGUGUAUAUCUGGCCGGAAGACUUCCAUUGUGUGGCAAUAAGAUACCUAAGGUAUUCUGUGCCAAUUGGCCUGUUGUAAAAUUGUCUUGUAUCAGUACUGUGCUUAACAACCUUGUUGGAAUGUUGAUGACUACAACGUCAGUCAUUCUGCCCCUGGCUUUUGUCUUGGACACAUAUAUAUGCAUUUUUCUUAUUUGUUGGAAAAACUCUUUAGAGUUCAAGAGCAAAGUCAUACAAAGCUGUAUGCCACACAUUGUUACAUUUGUCAAUUUUUCUAUUUCUUUGUUUUGUGAUAUUGCUCUCAGCAGGAUAGACGUUGAAAUAAUAAAUCCAUUUUUAGGAGUAUUUUUAUCACUUGAAUUUGUUUUGAUUCCGCCCAUUCUAAAUCCCUUUGUAUAUGGCCUGAAAUUGCCAGAAAUAAGAAAAUGUUUGUCACGUAGGUUUUUAUGCUCUAAACCUGUUAGGAUUGAAAAUAUUACCCAGUGCUUAAAGUAAGAGGUCUGAUAUGGACUGAGUUCUUUCAUAUAUAACUUUAAACUUUCUGCAACAAUGAUGCGUGUCAUAGUAAAGUAGUUCAAUUGUUUUAAACAUGUUGUUUUUAGUAUACUCCAAGAUGGUUGAAUUUUCAUGAUCAUAUGUUUAUAUAUAAAUAUGUUUAUAUUAUAUGUAUGCAUAUAUUCAUUCGGUUUUUUAUUUCUGAAGCUACAGUAUGUCAUCAUAUUUAUUGAUGCAAAUUAUAAUUUGAAUGUGUAAUGUACUGUAACAAAGUAAGCUGGGCAAAAGAAGGUGUGCAUAACAACGACAUAUUGUUCACUUUUCUUAUUGAAUUAAUCACUUAUUAGGAUGUAUAAUUACUAACAGAGAGACUUUUAGCUACGUAAUGUGAAUUUAUUUAUUACAUUUUUUGUUUGUGUAACAUACCAUAUAAUCAUGCUUCUCAGCCAAAUACAUAAAUGAACAAAACACAAACAAUGUGAAGCUGGGAUUUGGCAUGAGCAAGUCUGGGUAUUAACAAAUAUACAUUUUAUAUACAUUAUAUAAAUGAUCAUUAUUUUCAAUAUAACUUUCAACAUGAAGGUUCAGAGGGUUUAUCAACAGGGUUUGAUAAUAUUGUGUCACUAAAAUGAUGAUUGCAGUAGCUGAAAAGGCAUUAACAAAUUCUAUGAGAAGUAAUUAGUAAUUAAGAUGACAUAAAUAUAUAAAAAAUAUAUCACAUUAAAAAAUAAAUAUUGUUCAUUGUUAUUAAUACAUUUUCCAAUAAGAUCCUUGAAAGGGGCACCACGUUUAUAAAUACAGUUAAUGUAUGCUUAUAUUUGAGUCUAAUGAAACCUACUAUUUAUUAGGAACUGUAAUAAAUAUUUGAAUUAAUACCUAUAAAACAAACCUACCAUAUCAAUAGCUAGUAUUUAUUUAUUUAUUUAUGUAUUUAUUAUUAUGAUGCUAUGAA